UUUUUUUGCCUAAUUUCAGUCGAAAUCGUUUGUUUAGUCGGGAAAUAUUUUUUAAAAAUAAUUUUAAAAUUGAAUUAAUUCAACUGUUAAUAUCACUUUUCACAAAUUAGUAGUUAUUAAAACAAAAAACAUUCUUUUUUUUACUUUAGAAUUGAGAAUUUGAAAUAAAAAAUUAAUUAUUUAUUAUUAAAUUAGCUAAAUAAAUAUGAAAAUGAAUAAAACAUCCAGUGCCAAUAAUAGUAACAGUGGGACUAUGGAUUUGGCGGAAAUAGAGAAAGUCAUUUUUAAUGGCUUGGGAAAAGCUCUGCAAGAAAAUUACAUUAAUAAAAGCGAAAUAAAAGUAAAAUUCGAGUUUGAAGAUGAAAUGAGGACAAUAUUAUGGUCCCAGCCGAUAAAAUUUGAUCAAUUAUUGUCCAAAGUGGAAAAAUUAUUCAGACCAAAUGUAUUGAUGAGGAUUUUUGUCUCAAAGGACCACCAGGUGUUUCAAGUCUUGAAAAGUCAAAAGGAUCUCGAUGACGCCUUAAAAUUAUUAAAGUGGGGAGGCAGCACCAAUCCCUGCCUCCACAUCCAGGUUGUGCCCUGCUCGGAGUACUCUACGUAUGAGGGCACUCCGCCCCCAGCCAUUAUAAAUAUUUUCUCGCAGCCGACAGAACAAAAUCCCAAAGUAACAAUCAAUAGUUUUGCUUCCAGUUCUAAUAUCUCCAGUUCGCCAAAGAUGACCAUAGAUAGCCGAGCUUUUCAGCUAAGCAAGCAGAUGCCAGGGCUGGACAGUCGCUCUCCACCGAGCUCCUGCCAAUCACUGUCGUUGAGGAAAACCAUCGCGUACGAUCUUCAAACAUCCGAGAAGUCAUUCAGCUACCCCAAUUCCAAAAAUAAAAGUUGAUGAAAAGUUGGAAGCGUGGCCGUCUGCUGGGGUCAGGGUCAUUUGGACAGGUCUUCCUGUGCUGUGAUAUGGAGACUGGUAAGGAGUAUGCCAUGAAGCAGGUUCAUAUCUUCAGCAAGAACUCACAGCAUUGCUCGAGGGUUUUGAGCGCCCUGAGGGAGGAGAUAAACAUUCUGAAGGAAGGAGUGAAGCACCCCCACAUCGUUCAGUACUUCGGCUGUCAGGACGACGGUGUCGUCUUCUCAAUUCUCAUGGAAUACAUGCCCGGGGGUUCAGUUAAAGAUCAGAUCAAGCAGUACGGCCCGCUGACAGAGCGGAAUACGAUCAGCUACACAAAGCAAGUCCUCUUAGGUCUGGAGUACUUACAUAAAAAGUCUAUAGUACAUCGAGACGUGAAAGGAGCCAACAUUCUUCGAGAUAAUGAAGGCAACGUGAAGUUGAGUGAUUUCGGUGCAUCUAAGAGACUCCAGACGAUCUCCAACUCCAUCAUGCAGACUCAAACUGGUACCAUCUACUACAUGUCGCCGGAACUGUUAGAUGGCAACGGUUAUGGCAGAAAAACUGACAUCUGGAGUCUGGGGUGCUCGGUGGUCGAGAUGUUGACCGGGCACCCCCCCUGGCACCAACUCGAAAACUUCGCCGCCAUCUUUAAAAUCGUCACUUCCGACGAGCCGGGCUACAGUCUUCCUGAUUCGGUAAGCAAACAGGCGCGAGACUUCGUGAGUGAAUGUUUCACGAGAUCAUUGGAACGUAGACCGACCUCAUCACAGCUCCUCUACCAUUCGUUUGUCACGAGGGCACAGUUUGAAUUUGAUGGCACGUAGUUUCUCUGAAGGGUUUUGAUACUUUUGGUGGGGCAGCUGAUUAUGAUGUUGAAGAAGAUGAAGGAGUUGAUGGUGGUGGUGAUGAAGAAGUAGAAGAUGGCGAUGAAGAAGAAGAUGAUGAUGAAGAAGAAGAUGACGAUGAAGAAGAAGAAGAUGAUGGUGAUGAAGAAGACGACGACUAUGAAGAAGAAGAUGAUGAUGAUGGUGAAAGACCAGACCGUUAUCUUUCAAUUUAUUUAUUACCUUCAUUUGAAAUGCACACUUACUACAGCAUACACAUUCGCGCACACACACACGCGCACACACGCACGCGCACACACACGCACGCACGCGCACAAACAUACAAAUGAUGUAUAUAUGCCUUGUAACUUAUUUCCACUAACAAACGUUUAAACUUUACUUAUAUACAUAUGAAUAUGUAUUACUAAUAAAUAAAUAGUAAUCAAAACGAUGUUCUCAUCGUUACUGUAACGAUUGUAAAGUAUUUACACACAUAUGAAUACAGACACAUACACACACGCACACACACUCACACAAACAGACAGCAUACACCCGCAUAAAGUUUUUUGAUUAUAAGCUGAUUAUUUUACUACAUUUUUUUUCCACGUUGUGAUACAAUAUCAUUGCAGCGCUUUUUUUCAAAAUUUUGGGGAAAUUUAACGUUUUUAUUUUUAAAAGUUACUUUUUUUGGUAAAGUUUAUCACAACUAUUAAUUAAAUUUUAUUAAAUAAUAUUAUUAUAAUGGGUUGAUAUUUAUGAUCGGUGUGGCUGCUUCUGUAGCUUAAUCAAUCGGUCAAUCAAUCGAUCAAUCAAUCAACCAAUCGAUCAAUCAAUCAUUUUUAUAUCGUAUCGUAUGUUGUGCCUUUAAUAAGAUGUUCGCGGAAUGAUUUUUAAAUUAUUCUAGAAAAUAGCUUACCUACUUGCCAAACUUAAAUAUAUAAGUAUAAAUAAACAAGUAUAUAUAUAAUUAUAUAUUUAUAUAUAAUUUAUAUAAUUAUAAGUAUAAUAUAUAAUUUUCACUGUAUAUGUUUGUACACAUACAUAUUUAUAAUGUAAAUAUAGUGGACGCUAUUGAUUAUGGAUACAAUUGACUGAUUUUGUAGCUUUUAUUAUUAUUAUUAUUAUAUUAUUAUUAUUUUUAUUAAUAAUAUUAUUAUUAUAUGUGAUCGUACGUAUGAUUGGAAUCAUUCAAAUUGACCCAUCAUUAAACUCCAGUUUACGAUCCAAUCACUGAUCAGUGUACCACAGUACCAUAUUAAGUAGUAACUUAUUUGUAAUCUAGUAACAUCACUAUUAUACAAACAUAUUGUGCAUAGUAUAGUACACACACGCACGCACGCACACACACACACACAAAGACACACACAUACUCACAUACACACGCACACACACAUGUACAUGUGUUUAUGCGUUUUUCUAAAGGUAAGUACUUUUUGAGUAAUUCAGGGUUGUAGAUUACUUCUUUAGUAGUUUUUAGAAUGCUGUUUUUAUAAUAUUCUGAUUAUAUAUUGUGUGUGUGCGCUAAUGUAUAUAUCUGUGUAUUUAUGUGUAUUUGUUUGUGUAACGUCCUACCUCGGGAGAACUGGGUCUCUGGACGAUGAUUGAUUGAUUGAUUUAUGUGUUUUUGGAUUUUCUUGAUUGCAAUUCCAUUGAUGUAUAUGUAUAUGAUUACAUGUUUGUGUGUGUGUGGUGUGUCUGUUUGUGUGCUUGUAUGUGUGGGCGUGUGCAUGUGUGAAUGUUUUUUUUUUGCAUUACGAGUUUAUAUUUUUAAAGCAAAAAUAUUUUUACUGCAUCAAAAUAUUUUUUUAUUUUGUGUAUCCACUUGAUUAUUCGAAAGACCUGUGUGUGUUUGUGUGUGUGUGCGUUUUCUGUGUGUGUGUCUGUGUGUUUUUGAAUAUGUAUAUUUUUCUAUAUUCACUACUUGAACAUACGCAGUUGAAUUCUUUGUUCUUUUAUUAAAACAAAAAAAAAUCAAUAUUAUUGCUGUCA